CACGCCUGUGGUGCUAUAGAUGGACAAAGUUUAACACAGUCAAGCUGCCAAUUCCUUUCCUCUCUUGCAAAGAGGGAAAGGGAAGAAGAGAUAUGACGGAAUACGAUGAUCGCAGCUGUGCGUCAAAUAUGUAUUUACCGAGCUGCACUUAUUACGUUUCGACGCCCGAUUUUACAUCAGUCUCCUCCUUUUUACCGCAGACUACUUCGUGUCAGAUUAAUUUCCCCUAUUCUCCCAACAUAGCCCAGGUCCAACCUGUUCGAGAAGUCGCUUUCAGGGAUUAUGGACUGGACCAUCCCAGCAAAUGGCACUACAGGGGCAAUUACGCGUCUUACUACUCAACGGACGAGAUAAUGCAUCGGGACUUAAUCCAGUCCUCAAGCAGCAGGGCGGAUGUGAUAUUCAAAAACGAGUCCUUGUACGGCCACCACGCAGGGACGAGCUCGCCGUGCAAUUUCUUCGCCGGUGUCGGCCGGAACGGGGUUCUUCCCCAGGGCUUCGACCAGUUUUUUGACACUCCCAACUCGGAGAAGCCCUGCGCGGAGCUCCCCAACAAACAAAAGACAGACUCUGCUGUUCCCGGAGAUGCUGCUGAAAACACCAAUCAGGCUUUCACCAAACUAGAGGAGCACAAAGCUGACCCGACCGGGAGCGUGGACGAGGACUCAUCCUCCAACUGCGGCGACAAGAACAACCAACAGAGUUCAUCAACCAAGUCCAGGAAGAAGAGGUGCCCUUACUCCAAAUACCAGAUCCGAGAACUUGAACGAGAGUUUUUCUUCAACGUGUACAUUAACAAAGAGAAGCGGCUGCAACUGUCCAGGAUGUUAAACCUGUCAGAUCGGCAGGUGAAGAUUUGGUUUCAAAAUAGAAGAAUGAAAGAGAAAAAGCUGAACCGCGACCGCCUACAGUAUUUCACUGGGAACCCUUUAUUCUGA